ACACGUAUUUUAGCUUAAAGCCAAAAAGUUAAGAAGUUAGGUACAUAUUCACACAUUUUGAUUGCACGUUAAAUUCCAUUUUAUUUAUCAACAAAUAACCUUUACGCGAAGCCACGCAAUGCGAUUAACAAAUUCUUUUGAUGUCCUCUUGACUCAAUUAGUGUCAGGUCAUCGGAUUAAGUUUCUUUGUUAGACCUGCUCUUUUAGGUAUCUUUUCUGUGAGAGGCCCCCGAUAGGUAAUUUGGGUAUAUGUAUCUGUAUAUGUUUUUGUUGUUCUGAUAAUUCCCCCUUUGUUGAACCCUACCUCGACCAGGCUGAUUUUUGUAUCCAGUGCCCAGCGCGUCACUUUUUGCUGGACACUCAAGAAUAAACUACGUAAACUUUAUUAAAGAAGCCUUGGUCAUUAUUACAGGUAGGAAACUAUAUUUUUAUUUUUAUGUAUACCAUUUAUAAAUAUGCAACUUACAAUUUUAUAUUUUGAUUUAUUUGUGUUUAUUUUGUUCCAUGCACUUUGUACAAUAUUUUCAUAGAAAGCAUAUGAAUAUACAUUGUUUAUUCAGGUUGCUUAAUUUGUCACAAAAUGUUAAUAAGGUCUUUGUUAAAAUGCAUUCAACGAUUCAUUUUAACUAUCAUUAACAAAAUUACUUUUGAUUCGGUAAAUCUAUUUUAUUCUGUUAAUUUCAAAAUUAGUAAGUUAAAAUCUUAAUUUAUUUUCUUUGUUAAUUUUAUUUCCGGAAAAACGCGCAGGAUGUGAUAAGUCUUAAAUUAACUAACUAAUCAUUUUAAAUGAUAAUUCAAGGAUAGGAUAUUGAUUAUUAUUCAAUUACAACUCUUGUGUCUUUUUGAGAUUCAGAAAGCUAAUUUACUCAACAUUUGUAAAAUUGCUAUUUCACAUUCCGGAUAUUGUCAUGUGACCGGUUUAGAGUUUAUAUAAUGUGUUUAUGUUUCCGCACAAAUGGAAAGUUGUACGCUGACAGGAUAUUUUCCUCGAGAUAUGUGUUUUUCAAUUAUUUGCAUUGACCGAUUGUUCCCAGAACAAUGUUUGUCACCAGAUAAGCAAAGAAAAUCCCGGGUGACAAGUUGGUGGAGAAAGGCUCAAGAUCCCACAUGAAGACAAAGCCAAUCAACUACUACCUGCGAUCAACAGAGAACCAGCAUCAAGACGAAACAGUACCACCACAAGUGCAAACCUCCGAGUCAAACGAACAACAUUACCAAUCAACACUAGAAAUAGCACCAUCUGAUUCAGAGGAACAACAUCCCCAAUCAACAACCGAAGCACCAGCAUCUGAAUCAGAGGAUCAACACUUCCAGUCAAUACCAGCAUCUGAAUCAGAGAAUCAAGAAAUUGAAACUUUAGAUGAGGAACAAAUCCCUGAGGAUCACAUAACACAAUCGUCAACAGAUCAUCAACCACUAGAAGAACAACAGAUUAGAAAUAGAAUUAUGGCCACAGGAAUUAAUUUGAAAAAAUUUGAUGGCAGUGAAAAUGUACAUCUUUGGAUAACUGUACUCGAAAACUGGCAGAAAUUCCACAAUGUUUCCGAUUCAGAAGCCCUCCUUGCCAUAGGGUGUAAUUUUGAAGGCCAAGCAGCCACAUGGCUCCAAACCUUAUCACCAGCCCAGAAAAACAACCUUACAACAUUCAAAGACUGCUUGAAAAGUCGCUUUGCAAAUAAGGAAACAAAUUCCCUUCUAGGACUUAGACAGUACCCUGGAGAGUCAACCAAUGACUACCUCUCAAGAGCAGAAAAAACGUCUUUAGGACAUGACCUCCCAGAAAUAUACAAAGUCCAAUUCACAACAAAUGGAUUAAUCCACACUAUAAAAAAAUGUGUCAUCUCGAAAGAGCCCAAAACUUUCCAGGAAUUACGUCAUGCUGUUGACCUGGCAAAACAAGAACUAGAAUGUGACAACAAACAGGACUUUGACAUUCAAUCUCUCACAUCUCAAAUAAGGGAGACACUUAAGAGUGAAAUUAGUGCUCUAACAGCCACACAAGAGAGACCAUUCCAAAAUCAAAAGAGGAAGCAACACAACCCUGGACGUGAAUCCUUCUCCCAAACACCCCAGGCCCAGGCACCUUGGAACCAACCCGGCCAGUCCUUCAGCCACCCCGCCCAGUCCUUCAGCCAACCAAACCAGUCCUUCAGCCACCCCGCCCAGUUCAACCAACCCGGUCAGUCCUUCAACCAACCCGGUCAACCCUUCCAAUGGAUGGUACCACCUUCACCUUGGCCCCAGCAGCAAUGGUUUCAACCGAUGAACCAACCCACGAAUAGGAGAGGGAGAAAGACAUGCAGCGGAUGUGGUAAGUUCUGUUUUUCCAGAUCAGCUUGCCCUGCAUUUAAUGUUAAAUGUUCCAACUGCGGAAAUUGGCGUCAUUUUGCCUCAGUCUGUCGCACAAAUCCAACACCACCACAUACAUCUCAACAUGUGACAACUAAUCACCAGCAAUCUAACAGCCACUCUAACCAGCCCACCUUCCAAAACUCGUCAUACUAGGGGCACGCGCCUAUCCUUCUUGAGG